UUCAGUUGUAAUUCUCUCUCUAUAGUUUCUUCUCUUUCUCUCUCUAAGAAUAUAUAGAAAACUCCAUUGAUGUUCAUCAAAGGUUGAAGGUUAACAGUAUAUAUAUGUGUUACGUUCUCUCUGUAAAUCCAUUGGAAUUUCUGUUGUUCCUUCAUCAACCAAGAACAGAUUACGUAAGCAUCAACCAAGAACAGAUUACGUAAGAGAAAUAGUUAAGUUUAGGUUUUGAGUCUCUUUGUUUUCGUAAAUAUGUCUGUGGCUUCUGUCGGAAUGGGUGCUCUGAGAAUGGCAUUUCAAAAACUGUUUGAUGCUGUAAAAUCAGUGCAGGAGGAGACCACAGUGUUCGAGCACCUCCUUGGAGACAUCAAAUCCACUCUGGACUCUCUACAGCCACUCAUCAAAGACAUCGAAAAAUAUAACUCGAAAGAGGGACUGGAAUAUAUUGCAAUACAAAUGGAGGAGGGAGCAAAUCUUGUUCAAAAGUGCAGCAAAGUUGGCGUGUGGAGAAAAUACAAAUACACCAACAAGCUUCAUCAACUGGACAAAUCUCUUCGAAGAGUGUUUGAUCUACUCAAAGUGCAGAGCAUAAUGGAUGCGAGGGAGACAUUGGUUUCUUUGAGGAAUAUCGAGAUGGCGCUCUCUGGAAUAGAAGAGAAUAUGGUGAUCAAAAUUAAUCACCCUGAAAAGGUUGAAUGUUUGUCUGCUGUGCCUGAACCACCAUGCAUUACAGUCGGGUUGGAUUUGCCGUUGAAGGAGUUGAAGAUGAAGCUUCUCAAGGAUGAAAAGGUGUCGAUGCUUGUGCUGACUGCUGCUGGAGGAUGUGGGAAAACCACCUUAGCUAAAAUGUUUUGUCAAGAUCAAGAAGUCAAAGAUACAUUCAAGAACAACAUCUUCUUUGUCAAUGUCUCGAAAAAUCCCAACUUGGACCUUAUUGUACAUGAACUAUAUCAACGGAAGGGGUCCGAGCUGCCUGCUUUCCAAAACGAAUUCAUGGCAGUUAAAUGGUUGCAAAAUUUUUUGAAGGAAUCAAGACACAACCCUCUGUUGUUUGUCCUGGAUGAUGUUUGGUCAGGAUCAGAGUCCCUUCUUGAUAGGUUUGAUCAAUUCAAGUUUUCAAAUUACAAGAUUUUGGUCACAUCAAGAUUUGCAUUUUCGAGAUUUGGUUCUCCAUACCAUUUGGCAUUAUUGAAUGAUGAGGAUGCAAUGACUCUUUUUCACCAUUCAGCAUCCUUGGAGGAUAAAAGCUCUUAUACUUCCGAAGAUCUUUCGAGAAAGAUUAUCAAGUGCUGUAAGGGAUGCCCACUUGCCAUUGCAUUGGUCGGGAGGUCACUUCGCAGCCAGCCUAUAGAAAUCUGGCAGAAAAGAGUGCUGGAAUGGUGCAAAGGUUCAUCUAUUCUUGAUUCUGACAAGGAUCUGCUUGCUUGCCUCCAAAGCAGCUUAGAUGCCUUGGAUAAAGAAAAGACAAUCAUCAAGGAAUGUUUCCUCGAUCUAGGUUCAUUUCCCGAGGACCAAAGAAUUGCUGCUGCCGUCCUCAUUGACAUGUGGGCGGAGUUAUAUGGUCUAGAUAAAGAAAUUCUGACCAUUGCCAACCUUCACGAACUCACCACUCGAAGUUUGGCAAAUCUUGUUGUCACAAGGCAUGAGAGGGAGGCGGACGGCUAUUACACUGAACACUUUGUCACCCAGCAUGAGAUGCUUAGAGAAUUGGCGAUCCAUCAGGCAAGUCAAGACCCAAUAGACCAGAGGAAAAGACUAGUUAUAAACAUAUGUGGGGAUAAUCUUCCCAAGUGGUUGACGGAACAAAAGUAUCAAGCUUUCAAGGCUCGACUAUUAUCUAUCUCCACAGAUGGAGCCUUCUCAGCAAAAUGGCCAAACAUGCAAGUACCCGAAGCAGAGGUUCUAGUUCUGAAUUUUCAAACAAACAACUAUGCCUUACCUGAGUUUGUGGUGAAUAUGGAUAAACUAAAGGUUCUAAUAAUCACAAAUUACGGUUUGUCACCUGCUGAAGUAGAUAAUUUUGAACUACUUGGCUCGUUAUCAAAUCUUAAGAGAAUUAGAUUAGAACGCAUUUCAAUUCCCUCCAUAAGCAAGGUCCUCAAACAGUUGAAAAGUUUGCAAAAGAUGUCUCUUUUCUUGUGCGAUAUCAGUCAAGGUUUCGUCCAAAUUUUAGAUGCACUGCCAAAUCUAGUGGAAUUGAACAUAGAUUAUUGCCACGACCUGGUGGAACUUCCUGCCAACCUUGGUGACCUUAUUCACCUUACAAAGCUUAGCAUCACCAACUGUCAUAAGCUAUCCACGUUGCCUGAGGACAUCGGAAAGUUAGUCAAUUUAGAAGUGUUGAGGCUUAGGUCAUGUGCAGACUUGUUAGAGUUGCCACGCUCGAUUAGGAACCUUAAUAAUGUAAAACUUUUCGACAUAUCUGAUUGCUUUAGCAUAAAGGAGUUGCCCGAGGAUAUUGGUGCAAUGCGCAGUUUGGAAAAGAUCAACGUUAGCCAGUGCUCAGGAUUGAAAGAGCUGCCUGCUUCUGUUUUGGAUCUUGAGCAGUUGAAUCAAGUGAUAUGCGACGAGGAGACGGAAACUUUAUGGGAACCGUUCUUACCAUAUUUGACAGACAUACACAUAAAGGUGAUCAAAGAAGUUAUGAACCUAAAUUGGCUCAACAAGCUUCCUGGAGGCCAUGGUCUUUGAUCAAUGAAUGUUGGUGCAAUGUGAUUGUGUUUAAUGUUUUUUUUAUGCAGUGUGAUUGUGUUUAAUUAUUAUUUUUCUUUCGUAAUUUACUUCUGUUUUAUGUUAUAGAUGUUUGUCAAAAACAUUGCAGCACUGUAGAAAAAUUGUAAUAAUUCACAAUGGGUAGCGACUUUCACACCCCGUUUUCUCUUCUA